AUGGCGUUAAAUAUAAAAAAAACAAACAAACAAACCAAUGUUGCAAAGCUGAACAGAGACAUGGUCAGCAUUGGCACCUUUUCAGAUGGCACCCAGUUCAAGGAAAUCACACCUGAGAACUAUGUGGAGGGUUCACUGAUGUUCAAGCGCAAUGGAAAGUACUAUCUGAUGUGGUCUGAAGAAGGUUGGACGGGCCCGGAUUACUCAGUCUCAUACGCCAUUUCGGAUUCGCCCAUUGGCCCUUUCAACCGAGAGGCCAAGAUCCUCCAGCAGGAUACCGCCGUCGCAACUGGUUCUGGCCACAACGGGAUUAUCAACGUCCCUGGGACCGACAUCUGGUACAUCUUCUACCACCGCCGACCAUUGGGUGACAGUGACGGCAAUUAUCGUCAGCUCGCCUAUGAUCGAAUGUACUUCAAUGAGGAUGGGACAAUCAAGCCGGUCACGAUGCUCGUCAAGGACAAUUUUGAUGACGGGAACCUGAUUGGCUGGGACACCUCCUUUGAAGGAACCUUCUUUGUCAAGGACGGAAAGCUCAGCGCGGAGAAGGCUACAAGCGGCAAAGCCCUUCAAAACACAGGAUUUGAGGAUUUGAUAUUUGACAUCGACAUCGCCCUCGUUGAUCCAGAUGUUGGGUCAAAUGCUCAAGAUUCUGGCGAUGCGGGUGUUCUUUUCGGUGUCACAAGCGCGUCCGCAGGAAUCGACAACUUGACUGGGUUCUAUGCUGCCGUCGAUGCUUCAGGCGGGGUCAUUUUGGGUCAAAUGGAUCAGAGUUGGACUCAACUAGCAUCCGCCAAGUCGCCUAUUCGGGCUGGAACAAACUACCACCUAAGGGUGACUGCCAUUAACAAAGAGGUCAAAGUCUUUGUUGAUGAUAUGAGCGUGCCCAAACUUACGCAUACUGUAUCGAAGACUACCAAGGGGACCACGGGAGUGCGAGUUUUCCGGACUGGAGCUCUCUAUGAUAACCUUUCUGUUGCGCAUCCGCAAUUAAGAGGAUGGCAAUUACUUACAUGCGGAUGA